AUGGGAUCUAAGGAGGCGACUGUUGCCUCGUUCAUUCAGUCGGCACCACCAGGAGAGGUCGACAUCAAAGCGCUAGCGAGCAACCAGCCGGCCCUCCUCUCGUCGCUCGAGCCGGCAUUCAAGCAGUACAAUGAAGAGCAGUACACGACGGUGAAGCUGCCAGGCAGCAGCGAGAGCACGCUCAUCAGCCAGUACAACUCACUGGGCGGCAACCGCUACUUUGACACCGCAUCCCAGACAUCCUUCGAGGUCGACCACGCAGCACAAAAAGCCUCGAACACCCAACAACACCCGCUCGAAGGCCAGCACUCCGACCUCGUCCGCUCACUCAUCAAGUCCUUCUCCACCUUCAGCACCGAGCACUUCCCCUCCUCCACAAUCGGCGUCUACCUAACCGACUCAGGCAUCGCCCUGAUCCUCGUCGCAAACAAAUACAGCCCACAGAACUUCUGGAACGGCCGCUGGCGCAGCACAUACAUUCUUGAUCCGUCUUCCAACGCGCUGUCGGGCACAGUCAAGGCGGAUGUUCACUACUAUGAGGAUGGCAAUGUGAGAAUGAGCACGAGCAAGAAGAUCGAGGUCGACACGAGCGGUGCUGCGGACAGUGUUGUGAGAGAGAUUGCGAAGGCGGAGAAUAUGUUUCAGGAAGAGCUGAAUAGAGGAUUUGGACAGUUGGCGGAGGGAAGCUUCAAGGGCUUGAGGAGACAGUUGCCGGUGACGAGGCAGAAGGUGGAGUGGGAGAAGAUCGGAGGGUACAGACUCGGUCAGGACAUCGGCGGAGGUCGCUCCAAAUGA